AUGCGUCGUGCCAUUCCAGGUAUUUCCAAAAAUGUCUUUGGAAAUGGACGAUGCUUAAGCUCGUUUGUAUCAGUAAAUAAAGGCACUGUUUCCAAAUUAGCAUCUCAAAAGCGUACUCUUAGCGUUUCUGCGAUUGCUCGCAAUGAACCCAAUAAAGAAAAAAAUGUGCCCGAUGCCAGUGCUUACCUUCGCUCUGGUCAUGUGAAAGCUAUUCAACGUGAAAAAGUUAAUAAGGUUAUUGUUGUUGGCUCCGGAGGUAUCUCUAUCGGUCAAGCUGGUGAAUUCGACUACUCUGGUGCUCAGGCCAUUAAAGCUCUUCGUGAAAGCUCUGUUCACACUAUCUUAAUUAAUCCUAAUAUUGCUACUAUUCAAUCUUCUCAUGGACUUGCUGAUGAAAUUUACUUCUUACCUGUUACUGCUGACUACCUCUCCCAUAUUAUUGAACGCGAACGUCCUGAUGGUAUUUUGUUGACUUUUGGCGGUCAAACCGCUUUGAACGUCGGUGUCCAAUUGGAUGACAUGGGUGUAUUUUCUCGCAACAAUGUUAAGGUUUUGGGUACUCCUAUCUCGACUCUGAAGACUUCUGAAGAUCGUGAUCUUUUCUCCAAGGCAUUGAAUGAAAUCGAUAUCCCCAUUGCUGAAUCCACUGCCGUUGAAUCUGUCGACCAGGCUCUUCAAGCUGCUUCUCAAGUCGGAUACCCUGUCAUUGUUCGUUCCGCUUACUCUCUUGGUGGUCUUGGUUCUGGCUUUGCCAACAACGAAGAGGAGUUGCAAUCUUUGGCUGCUAAGUCGCUUUCCUUGACUCCUCAAAUUCUUGUUGAAAAGUCUUUGAAGGGCUGGAAAGAAGUUGAAUACGAAGUUGUCCGUGAUGCAGCUAACAAUUGCAUUACCGUUUGUAAUAUGGAAAACUUUGAUCCUCUUGGUAUUCACACGGGUGAUUCCAUGGUCGUUGCUCCUUCUCAGACUCUUUCCGAUGAAGAAUAUCACAUGCUUCGUUCUGCCGCUAUCAAGAUUAUUCGUCAUUUGGGUGUCGUUGGUGAGUGUAAUGUUCAAUACGCCUUAAGCCCUGAUAGCUUGGAAUAUCGUGUCAUUGAAGUUAACGCUCGUCUUUCUCGCUCUUCCGCUUUGGCUUCUAAGGCUACCGGUUAUCCCUUAGCCUAUACAGCCGCCAAAAUCGCUUUGGGUCACACGCUUCCUGAAUUAACCAACGCUGUUACCAAGACUACCACUGCUAACUUUGAACCUUCUUUGGAUUACAUUGUCACCAAGAUCCCUCGCUGGGAUUUGAGCAAAUUUCAAUACGUUAACCGCGAAAUCGGUUCUUCCAUGAAGAGUGUGGGUGAAGUCAUGGCUAUUGGUCGUACUUUUGAGGAGUCUCUUCAAAAAGCCUUGCGCCAAGUUGAUCCCUCUUUCUUAGGUUUUAUGGCCAUGCCCUUUAAGGAUUUGGACCAUGCUCUUUCUGUUCCCACUGAUCUUCGCUUCUUUGCUGUUGUUGAAGCCAUGCUCAAUCAAAACUAUUCCAUUGACAGAAUCCAUGAGUUGACCAAGAUUGAUAAGUGGUUCUUAGGUAAGCUUGAAAAUAUGGCUGAAGUCUACAAGGAGCUUCAAGAGAUUGGUUCUUUAUAUGGAUUAAAUAAGGAAGUCUUAACACGUGCUAAAAAGCAUGGAUUUUCUGAUUUCCAAAUUUCUAAACUCGUUGGUGCUACUGAAAUGGAAGUUCGUGCUCGUAGAAAGCGUUAUGACAUUCAUCCCUGGGUUAAGAAGAUUGAUACUUUGGCCGCAGAGUUCCCUGCUCAUACUAACUACUUAUAUACCACUUACAAUGGUUCUUCUCAUGACGUUGAUUUCAAUGAGCAUGGUACCAUGGUUCUUGGCUCCGGUGUCUAUCGUAUUGGCUCCAGUGUUGAAUUUGACUGGUGUGGUGUCUCUUGUGCUCGUACCUUGAGAGGACUUGGACGUAGCACCAUCAUGGUUAACUAUAACCCUGAGACUGUUUCUACUGAUUUUGAUGAAUGUGAACGUUUGUAUUUUGAAGAACUUUCUUAUGAACGUGUCAUGGAUAUCUAUGAGAUGGAAAGUUCUAAUGGUAUCGUCGUUAGUGUGGGCGGUCAACUCCCUCAAAAUAUUGCCUUGAGAUUACAAGAGACUGGUGCUAAUGUGUAUGGUACCGAUCCGAAGAUGAUUGACUCAGCUGAAGAUCGCCACAAGUUCUCUCAAAUUCUCGAUAAGAUUGGUGUUGAUCAACCCGCUUGGAAAGAGCUUACUUCUGUUGAAGAAGCUAGUGAAUUCGCCAAUAACGUAGGCUAUCCUGUUCUCGUGCGUCCUUCCUAUGUCUUGUCUGGUGCUGCUAUGAAUGUUAUUCGUGAUGAAUCUACUUUGAAGAACAAGUUGGAGAAUGCAGCUGCCGUAUCUCCCGACCAUCCCGUGGUUAUUACUAAAUUCAUUGAAGGAGCUCGUGAGCUCGACGUUGAUGCUGUUGCUUCCAAGGGCCAAUUGUUGGUUCAUGCCGUUUCUGAACAUGUUGAAAAUGCUGGUGUCCACUCUGGUGAUGCCACUAUUGCUCUUCCUCCUUACUCUUUGAGCACCGAUAUUAUGGAGCGCUGUAGAGAAAUUGCCCAGAAGGUUGCUAAGGCUUUCCAUAUUACUGGUCCUUAUAACAUGCAAAUCAUUUUGGCUGACAAUGCUGAAACUGGCGUAAGUGACUUGAAGGUUAUAGAGUGCAACCUUCGAGCUUCUAGAUCUUUCCCUUUUGUCUCAAAGGCCCUUGGUGUAAACUUUAUUGAUGUUGCUACUCGUGCCAUUAUUGAUCAAAAUGUUCCUGCUCCUCGUGACUUGAUGGCUAUCCCUCGUGACUAUGUGUGUAUCAAGGUUCCACAAUUCUCUUGGACUCGUUUGGCUGGUGCCGAUCCAUUCCUUGGAGUUGAGAUGAGCUCUACUGGUGAAGUAGCCUGCUUCGGUAAAGAUGUUAGAGAAGCUUACUGGACUGCUCUUCAAUCUAUGCAAAAUUUCAAGAUUCCUGUCCCCGGUCAAGGUAUCUUAUUGGGGGGUGACCGUCCUGAAUUAAAGGAAGUUGCUGCUGAUUUGCACAAGCUUGGUUACAAGCUUUACUCUGCCGAUAAGGAAGUUUCCGAGGAACUGAAGCCCACUGAAGUGGAUGUUAUUGAGUUCCCUGUUGAUGACAAGCGUGCUCUUCGUGCUGUUUUUGAGAAGUAUAACGUUCGUUCUGUCUUCAAUUUGGCUUUUGCCCGUGGUAAAGAUAUUUAUGAUAAGGACUAUGUUAUGCGUAGAAAUGCCGUAGACUUCAACGUGACCCUAAUUAACGAUCCUAACUGUGCCAAGUUGUUUAUUGACUCUCUUAAGCAGAAGCUUCCAGAGGCUACUUCAGAACAGAAGGCUAUUCCUAACGAAGUUAAGAGAUGGAGUGAUUGGAUUGGUAACCAUGAUCUUUAA